AAAAACCAAGAACAUUUGGACAUGAAGACAUUAUUUGUUCGUUCCAUUCCAUUUGAUGUUACUUCAGAACAAUUAUCAGAUUUCUUUUCCCAAUUCUGUCCCGUUAAGCAUGCUGUUGUUGUUACAGAUGCUGAAAAGAACUCAAGAGGGUUUGGUUUUGUUAGUUUUUCUUUGGAUGAUGAUACCAAGACAGCUCUUGCUCAAGCUAGAAAGACUAAGUUCAAUGGUCGUCUAUUAAGAGUUGAUGUUGCAAAGAGAAGAGAUCGUAAAGAUAAAGAUGCCUCAAAUGUCAAACCUGAGAAGGAAGCUAUUGAAAAAAGACGUGCAAGAUUAAUUAUCCGUAACUUGCCAUGGUCUGUUCGUGAUCCUGAACAACUGAAGAAGAUUUUCCAAAAAUAUGGUGCAGUUACUGAUGCAAUCAUUCCUAGAAAGAAAGGUGGAAGAAUGAGUGGUUUUGCCUUUGUCACUAUGAAAAAGAAUACCAAUGCUGAAAAUGCUAUCAAAGGUUCUCAAGGUCUGAAAAUUGAAGGUAGAGAAGUCGCUGUGGAUUUCGCAAUUGAAAAAUCCAAAUGGGAAGCAUACAAAAAAGAUGAAGAAGACGAAGAGAGUGAGGAUGAAGAAGAUGAUGAUGUCAAAGAGGAAGAAGAAGAUGAAGAAGGUUCUGAAGAUGAAAGCAGUAAUGCCGAAAUUGAAGAUGUUGACUCUGAUGAAGCAGAUGUUGAAGGCGAAGAUGAAGAUGAAAGUGAUAUCGACUUGGACAGUGACGAAGAACUAAGUGAAGAAGACGAAGAAGAAUCAAAGGAACAAAUACCAAAAAAGAAUAGACAAGAGAACUAUUGUAUUUUUGUACGUAACAUACCUUACGAUGCAGAUGAAGAUUCCUUGAAAGAACAUUUUGAAAAAUUUGGUGCUGUCAAAUAUGCCCUUCCAGUUAUUGAUAAAGAAAGUGGGUUAGCUAAAGGUACUGCUUUUGUUGCAUUUUGGAAUGAAGAUUCCUUCAAUGAAUGUUUGAAAAAUGCUCCAGAUAGUUCAACAACCUCCAUUUUAAUUUCAGAUGAUGUUUCACCAUUAUAUGUUUAUCAAGGUCGUAUAUUGUCAAUCACAUCAGCAGUCACAAGAGAGUCAGCCUCUGUUUUAACAGAAAAAAAUGCACUUAAGAGAAGUGAAGCGUUAGGUAAAGCUCCAGGUGAAAGAGAUAAACGUAACUUAUACCUUUUGAAUGAAGGUAGAAUUACCACAAACUCCAAAUUAGCGUCAGCAAUUUCUGCUACAGAUUUAGAAUUAAGAGAAAAAUCAUACAAAUUAAGAGUCCAACAAUUGAACAAAAACCCUUCAUUACAUUUAUCAUUAACUAGAUUGGCUAUCAGAAACUUACCAAGAGCUAUGAAUGCUAAGGCUUUAAAAGCUUUGGGUCGUAAGGCUGUUGUAUCUUUUGCUACUGAAGUUAAAGAAACAAAGAGACAACCAUUAAGUAAAGAAGAGCUUGACAGAUCUAUAAAGGAAAAAGCAAGAUUAGAAGAACUUGGUUUAGGUGAAAGCAACAGAUCAAAGAAACAAGGUGUUGUGAGACAAGCUAAGGUUAUCAUGGAAGUCAAAGGUUCAGGUGAUGCUGGUCGUAGUAGAGGUUAUGGUUUCUUGGAAUUCAGAGACCAUAAAUCUGCAUUGAUGGGUUUAAGAUGGUUGAAUGCACAUGAAGUUUCACCAGCUGAAAUAUUAGAGGGUUUAACAGAUGAAGAAAAGAAAGUAGUACAGAUUGAUGCUAAUAAGAAAAGAAAACUUAUUGUUGAAUUUGCCGUUGAACAUGCUAAUGUUAUAAAAAGGAGAAGAGAAAAGAUUUUCCAUGCAAAGAAACUUGGAACAGAAGGUGGUUAUAAAAGAAAGAGAGAAGACGGUACUGAACCAUCCCCAGAAGAGGCCACAGAAGCACCACAAGAUAAAAGACAAAAGAGAGAUAAAAAGGGUAGAAAACCAAAUAAGAAAGGUAAUAUGAAUAAGGGACCUAAACCCCAAACUGAAAAGAAACCAGAAACUGCAUCAACUAACAAAUCUGGUUUGGAUGAAAAUACUAAAAAAUUGAUUGGUAUGAAACGUAAGAGAAGACAACAAAAA